AGUCGCCGCUCUACCGAGGAACGUGUACAUCCAACUUUUACUGCCUCUUUCUGCGUUUCAAUUAUUUAGUUUUAUGGCUUUAAAAGAAAUGUUUCGUUCUAGUUAUAAUGUCAUACUUGGACUGUUAUAUAUUUAUGGAGUUACAUGUAUCAGUGAGGAAUUUGUUAACGAUAAUCAAAUACCUGGAGGAGGGUCCGAGUCUCGAGGUUUCCUGUUGGGGGUCUACAGACGUCUGCUCGGAGGAGGAUCACUAGAGAAUGCGUCGGGUUACAGGAGGAGGACGCUGGGGAUAGAAUUAUCGGACACCAUACGGACUGUACAAGCGGAAGGUGUGAUAUCAAGGGGGGAAAACCAGGAAAUAUACUUCCGGAUCCCGAAACGAGAACAUGUAGAACAGUUCCACCAAGUGGAAAUACGGAUAAAAACGAACCAGCUGCGAUCAUUUAAGAAGGAAAUGUCACUGCAGAUACGGAAGAAUAGAAGAAACAUAAGAAAGACGGCCUUCAGACAUAAGGCCUUCAUUGACGGCGCGGACACCGUGUGGGACGUUACUUCACUUGUCAGGCCAUGGAUCAAUGGCCUACGUGGAACAAUGGACAUCAGGCUUGGAUACGAGGUUCCGGGAACAGCGUCAUUAAAAAACAGAGUAAACAUCCUUAAAGGACUAACAGGCCAUGCCCAUAUCAAAGCUGUUCUGGUUUUGUUUUCAAAAGACAAAGACAUUUUGAAUACACGUUUUAAGCAGGAUGGCCUUAGCCCAAUUAACAAUACAGAAAACAAUGGUUUAGGAGCCAGGCGCACGCGGCGUUCAACAAAGAAGUCGAACCGAACCAACAGAAAAAGAAAAGUGUGUCAAGUAAAAGAUUUCAAAGUUGACUUUAAUACAAUCGGCUGGGGUAAAUGGAUAGUGCAUCCGAAACAUUUUAACGCAAAGGUGUGUGUAGGAAUUUGUCCAUCACCAAUCAAAGACAGUCUGUCGCCAAGCAACCACGCGAUGCUACAAGGCAUGAUGAGGGCCAACACUCGCGGCAAGAAAAGGAAGGUCUCUAUGCCGUGUUGUGUUCCUACAAAACUGAAACCACAAAGUAUGCUGUAUUACGAAGGAAACGAACUUGUUGUCCGCCAUCACCAUGACAUGGUCGUGGAUGAGUGCGGGUGUCGGUAACGGAUUUCAGUUAAUAACGGUUUCUUGAAAAAUAUUCUUCACUUUCUGGGCCACAAUGACAUUUAGUAAUUGUACACAUUAUUUGCAUUAUUUUAAACAUAACUCUUUAAACAUUUAAAUUGUAUUAUCAAUAACAGAAAACAAACAGCAAAUUAAGAAAUUAAAAAUAUAAGAGAAAAGAAAAAAACAACCCAAAAUGGAGCACACAUUUAACAUCAAUUUCAUCCUUAUUGUGAAUGACACUGUAACUUCUGUCCAAAUAACUGCUUAUGUCUUCUUAAUACCAAAACAAUAAUCAAAGCAGGGUUUUAAAACCAUGCUAGAAUGUGUAUUUCUCUACAAA